AUGAAGAAUAAAAGGAUUUCAAAAUUUUCUCAGACUCUCAGAAUCUCAGAAUCUCAGAAUCUCCGAAUCUCAGAAUCUCCGAAUCUCAGAAUCUCAGAAUCUCAGAAUCUCAGAAUCUCAGAAUCUCAGAAUCUCAGAAUCUCAGAAUCUCAGAAUCUCAGAAUCUCAGAAUCUCAGAAUCUCAGAAUCUCAGAAUCUCCGAAUCUCAGAAUCUCAGAAUCUCAGAAUCUCAGAAUCCCAGAAUCUCAGAAUCUCAGAAUCUCAGAAUCUCAGAAUCUCAGAAUCUCAGAAUCUCAGGAUCUCAGAAUUUCAGAAUCUCAGAAUCUCAGAAUCUCCAAAUCUCAGAAUUUCAGAAUCUCAGAAUCUCAGAAUCUCAGAAUUUCAGAAUCUCAGAAUCUCAGGAUUUCAGAAUCUCAGAAUUUCAGAAUUUCAGAAUCUCAGAAUCUCAGAAUAUCAGAAUUUCAAAAUCUCAGAAUCUCAGAAUCUCAGAAUCUCAGAAUCCCAGAAUCUCAGAAUCUCAGAAUCUCAGAAUCUCAGAAUCUCAGAAUCUCAGAAUCUCAGGAUCUCAGAAUUUCAGAAUCUCAGAAUCUCAGAAUCUCCAAAUCUCAGAAUUUCAGAAUCUCAGAAUCUCAGAAUCUCAGAAUUUCAGAAUCUCAGAAUCUCAGGAUUUCAGAAUCUCAGAAUUUCAGAAUUUCAGAAUCUCAGAAUCUCAGAAUAUCAGAAUUCAAAAAUCUCAGAAUCUCAGAAUCUCAGAAUCUCAGAAUCCCAGAAUCUCAGAAUCUCAGAAUCUCAGAAUCUCAGAAUCUCAGAAUCUCAGAAUCUCAGGAUCUCAGAAUUUCAGAAUCUCAGAAUCUCAGAAUCUCCAAAUCUCAGAUUUCAGAAUCUCAGAAUCUCAGAAUCUCAGAAUUUCAGAAUCUCAGAAUCUCAGGAUCUCAGAAUCUCAGAAUUUCAGAAUCUCAGAAUCUCAGAAUCUCAGAAUAUCAGAAUUUCAAAAUCUCAGAAUCUCAGAAUCUCAGAAUCUCAGAAUCCCAGAAUCUCAGAAUCUCAGAAUCUCAGAAUCUCAGAAUCUCAGAAUCUCAGAAUCUCAGAAUCUCAGAAUCUCAGAAUUUCAGAAUCUCAGAAUCUCAGAAUCUCCAAAUCUCAGAAUUUCAGAAUCUCAGAAUCUCAGAAUCUCCAAAUCUCAGAAUUUCAGAAUCUCAGAAUCUCCAAAUCUCAGAAUUUCAGAAUCUCAGAAUCUCAGAAUCUCCAAAUCUCAGAAUUUCAGAAUCUCAGAAUCUCAGAAUCUCAGAAUUUCAGAAUCUCAGAAUCUCAGGAUUUCAGAAUCUCAGAAUUUCAGAAUUUCAGAAUCUCAGAAUCUCAGGAUUUCAGAAUCUCAGAAUUUCAGAAUUUCAGAAUCUCAGAAUCUCAGAAUAUCAGAAUUUCAAAAUCUCAGAAUCUCAGAAUCUCAGAAUCUCAGAAUCCCAGAAUCUCAGAAUCUCAGAAUCCCAGAAUCUCAGAAUCUCAGAAUCUCAGAAUCUCAGAAUCUCAGAAUUUCAGAAUCUCAGAAUCUCAGAAUCUCAGAAUCUCAGAAUCUUAGAAUUUCAGAUCGAAAAACCCAAAAAAACUUAA